UGACGUGUCACAUCCGACACAACAUCCUGAGGUUAAAAGUAGAGUUGGUCCCCGCUGUCAUUCAAUUCUACACCAAAAUCUGUGGCAUGGACUACGUUUGUCAGCCUGUUUCCACUGAAAACUACCCUUACUGUACAGAUGGUAAACUCCACAUAUUUUCCUACAAACAGAAACAUCCCUCCUAUACCCCCACUGGAGUAUGCUUCGUGGGUGACGAGGACAAGUUCAGUGCUGGAGACUACCAGGAUCCAGGGUACUGGAAGAUAGGUAUAGUGCUCCAGGACGUUAACAGAGCAGUUCAGUGUUUCAAGGAACAUGGAAUACAUGUUAAAACAGGUGGUCAGUUUGUUGAUGUUGGUUUUCUAACCUCGCUCCGAGACCCACAAGGUUAUGGUAUAGAGCUCCUCCAGGAGACGUUCGAGGACAACUUUAAACCGAUGAGAGGUGAGAAGGUUGCUCCUUUGAAGCAGCCGUACCACCCGGCUGUAGGACAAAUAACCAUCAGAUGCACUGACGCUGAGAAAACGUGUCAUUUUUACACAGAAGUGUUGGGCAUGAAGCUAGUUUGUACUGAAGUACCAGGUAACAAGUAUCCGUUUACUCUGUACUUCUUUGCGUACACAACGGAACACCCGCCCAACAAAGACGUGUCAGCAGUGGAGAACAGAGAGUGGCUCUAUCAGAGACCCUUCUGUCAGAUUGAGAUCCAACACAGGCACAACCUACCUUCAACCUUCUCCUAUCAAACUGGGGAUGAUCAGGGGGAGGAGAGUCUUAGACUUGGUCACGUGGGUAUUAGUCUGCAGGUAAGUCGGCAGAGGUUUGAGGAGAUAUCCAAGGGUAAGGGAGUGAGUGUGACCAAGGAUGGAAAUGUGGCACAUCUUAACGAUCCUGAUGGUUAUUUUAUUGAACUUUCUUGUGAGGAGUUUUAGCUUUAUUGUUGAUAGUUAGCUCAUAGUCUAGUGAAAUUUUUAUGAUAGUUCCGUAUUUUAGCUUUGCAUCAACUGCGUUUUGUUUUCAAAUUAAGCAGCUAAGUUUUUGAUUGAUUUUUAAUUCGUUAAUAUCGAUUUUGUGAAGUUGAAUCUUGUCUCGAUGUUUUGCUGAGAAGAUUUUGAACAAUAAUUUAACUGUCAAUUUUGUAUAGGACUAUAAUAUUAUAUGCUUACAUUAAAUAAUUAAAGCUCCUCUGCAAGAUCUCAUAACGCAAAAGUAUACCAAAAUAAUAUAUUGAUGCUAUUUUAUUCGCAAAGUUGGCACACGUCUUGUUCCACAUGGUUUAAGAUUCCAGAUAAAGCUACAUAACAGAUAAUGCCCCAGAUAUUGCAACAGCAGAUUUCUAGACAAAUAGAAAUCUGCUGUUUUCCCACUUUCUUAUUUUGGCCAUAUUUUUAGACCAAUAAUUUGUAACUGAAUUUUGCUGCUGUAUCUGUUUUAAAAUAUAAUUGUGAAGCUCCUCGAAGGUCACAUACAUCAAGGAAGGAUCUUAUUUGGCCGCUUUUCAAAUUCAAUUUUGUUUUUAGUUGAAGAUUAUGAAUAAUUUCAUAUCUGAUUUAAAUAUAAUAUAUGAUGACAUUUUUAUAUUUUUACUUGUUCAAUGCUAAAAUAAUAUUUGAUAAUUUUUUUCCUUUAUGAAUAUUCUUUCA